UGUGCCCCGUGCCCCUCCCCGGCCCUGGAUUCCACUUCCCCUCCGCUCGCGCUGCAGCCGCAGCCGCCUCCAGGCCCCGCGCCGCCUCCGGAGUCCAUGGCCGGGACGCGCUGGGUGCUCGGGGCGCUGCUCCGGGGCUGCGGCUGCAACUGCAGCAGCUGCCGGCGCACCGGCGCCGCCUGCCUGCCCUUCUACUCGGCCGCCGGCUCCUUCCCUUCGGGCGUCUCGGGCCGGCGCCGCCUGCUGCUGCUGCUCGGGGCCGCCGCGGCCGCCGCCUCUCAGACGCGCGGCCUCCAGACCGGGCCUGCGCCCGCCGGGAGGCUGGCGGGGCCUCCCCCCGCGGCCACCUCCGCCGCCGCCGCGGCCGCCGCCUCCUACCCGGCCCUGCGCGCCCCGCUGCUGCCGCAGUCGCUGGCGGCGGCCGCCGGCCCGGCGCGGGGCUACAGCCAGGAGUCUAAAGCUACCUACCUGGAAGACCUUCCACCUCCCCCCGAGUAUGAAUUGCCUCCAUCCAAGUUAGGAGAGGAAGUGGAUGAUGUUUAUCUGAUUCGAGCUCAAGGAUUACCCUGGUCGUGCACUGUCGAAGAUGUGCUUAGCUUUUUUUCAGACUGCAGAAUCCGUAAUGGUGAGAAUGGAAUACACUUCCUGUUAAAUAGAGAUGGCAAACGAAGAGGUGAUGCCUUAAUUGAAAUGGAGUCAGAGCAGGAUGUGCAGAAAGCCUUAGAAAAGCACCGCUUGUACAUGGGGCAGCGGUAUGUGGAAGUAUAUGAGAUAAACAAUGAAGAUGUGGAUGCCUUAAUGAAGAGCCUGCAGGUUAAAUCUUCCCCUGUGGUAAAUGAUGGUGUGGUUCGCUUGAGAGGACUUCCUUAUAGUUGCAAUGAGAAAGACAUUAUAGACUUCUUUGCAGGACUGAAUAUAGUAGACAUUACUUUUGUGAUGGACUACAGAGGGAGAAGAAAGACAGGAGAAGCCUAUGUGCAGUUUGAAGAACCAGAAAUGGCCAACCAAGCCCUAUUGAAACACAGGGAAGAAAUUGGUAACCGAUAUAUAGAGAUAUUUCCAAGCAGAAGGAAUGAAGUUCGAACACAUGUUGGUUCUCAUAAGGGAAAGAAAAUGGCAUCUCCUACUGCUAAGUAUAUAACUGAGCCAGACGUGGUCUUUGAAGAACAGGAAGUAAAUGAGGAUAUUCGACCUAUGACAGCUUAUGAAAGUGAGAAAGAAAUUGAAUUGCCUAAGGAGAUGUCAGAAAAGCUUCCGGAGCCUGGUGAUUUUGGAACUACAUCUUCACUACAUUUUGUUCAUAUGAGAGGAUUGCCUUUCCAAGCCAAUGCCCAAGACAUUAUAAACUUUUUUGCUCCACUGAAGCCUGUUAGAAUCACCAUGGAAUACAGUUCCAGUGGGAAGGCCACAGGAGAAGCUGAUGUGCACUUCGAUACCCAUGAGGAUGCUGUUGCAGCUAUGCUCAAGGAUCGGUCCCAUGUUCAGCAUAGGUAUAUUGAAUUGUUCCUGAAUUCAUGUCCAAAGGGAAAAUAAGACUUCUGGGGACUCCAGAUAAUAAGGAUGAAGCAAGAAGCAUUUCAUUUGCACAUCUUUCUUGGAUAUGGGAUAUACAGUUCCAGUGUUUUAGCAGCAAUUGUUAGAGAAAGGAUAUGGGGGUUUUGGGUUAAUUGCUUAAGAAAAAUUCCGUAGUGGACUGUUUAGAAAGAAAAAGGAAAGAUUCAGUUUGGAAUUAAAUAAAACACAAAUUUAAAUUUUGUUUUAAAUUGUCCAUGAUAGGAUCUGAUUUACAAAUCUGGUCUUUAUUUUAUGAUUAAAUAAUUUGUUUUCAUAGAGAUUAUGUUAUCCAAUAUAAAGACUGCAUAUUUUUAUUCAGCACUGUCCUUUAAAAUCUUCCUCCCAUUUUAAAAAUGAUUUUUUUGAGAGCUCUGAUAUAAACUUCCUAUGGAAUAAAAUACUGAUUUAUUUUAACCAAAUACUCACCAAAGCAAAGAAAGGUUUCAGACCUUUGAAUCAUUAUGGUUUGGUAGAGUAGUUAUAAUUUUAGGUGUAUUGAUGACUUAAGGGGUAGGAAUGUUUAAAAAAAAAAAAAGAUUUGAGACAAAA